CCCCGAAGUGACCACAACAUGGCUGCGGCGCCUGGGCUGCUCGUCUGGCUGCUCGUGCUCGGGCUGCCCUGGCGGGUACCGGGCCAGCUGGACCCCAGCACUGGCCGGCGCUUCUCGGAGCACAAACUCUGCGCGGACGACGAAUGCAGCAUGUUAAUGUACCGCGGUGAGGCUCUAGAAGAUUUCACAGGCCCGGAUUGUCGUUUUGUGAAUUUUAAAAAAGGUGAUCCUGUAUAUGUUUACUAUAAACUGGCAAGGGCAUGGCCUGAAGUUUGGGCUGGAAGUGUUGGGCGUAUUUUUGGAUAUUUUCCAAAAGAUUUAAUCCAGGUAGUCCAUGAAUAUACCAAAGAAGAGCUACGAGUUCCAGCAGAUGAGACGGAUUUUGUUUGUUUUGAUGGAGGAAGAGAUGAUUUUGAUAAUUAUAAUGUAGAAGAACUUUUAGGGUUUUGGGAACUGUACAAUUCUGCAGCUGGAGAUUCCGAGAAAGCUGUAGAAAAAACUUCACAGGAUAUGGGAAAAAACUCUGAAUUAUCUACGGAAAGGGAACCUGAACCUGAACCAGUAGAAGCCAACUCAGAGGAAAGCGAUAGUGUAUUCUCAGAAAACACUGAGGAUCUUCAGGAACAGUUUACAACUCAGAAGCACCACUCCCACGCAAACAGCCAAGCAGAUCAUGCCCAGGGAGAGCAGCCUUCAUUUGAAUCUUUUGAAGAAAUGCUGCAAGAUAAACUAAAAGUGCCAGAAAGUGAAAACAACCAAACCAGCAAUAGUUCUCAGGUCUCAAAUGAACAGGAUAAGAUUGAUGCCUAUAAACUUUUGAAAAAAGAAAUGACUCUAGACUUGAAAACUAAAUUUGGCUCAACAGCUGAUGCACUUGUAUCUGAUGAUGAGACAACCAGACUUGUUACUUCAUUAGAAGAUGAUUUUGAUGAGGAAUUGGAUGCUGAGUAUUAUGCAGUUGGAAAGGAAGAUGAGGAGAACCAAGAAGACUUUGAUGAGUUGCCAUUACUUACCUUUACAGAUGGGGAAGAUGUGAAAACUCCAGCAAAGUCUGGAGUUGAGAAAUAUCCAACAGAUAAAGAGCAGAAUUCAAAUGAAGAGGAUAAGAUUGAGCUAACUGUGCCCCCUGGCAUCAAAAAUGAUGAUAAAAAUAUACUAACAACCUGGGGGGACACUAUCUUCUCUAUUGUCACAGGAGGUGAAGAAAAUAGAGGUACGAUGGAUUUAGAGAGCUCUAGUUCAGAGGAAGAAAAAGAUGAUGAUGAUGCAUUAGUCCCAGAGAGCAAACUGGGGAAACCACAGUCAGCAACAGAUUAUAGUGACCCUGACAAUGUAGAUGAUGGUCUUUUGAUUGUAGAUGUUCCUAAAACAAAUAAUGACAAAGACCCGGAAGUAAACACAGAACAUCACAUUAAAGGAAAAGGGAGGGGAGUUCAGGAAUCCAAGAGGGGCCUGGUGCAAGAUGAGACAGAAUUAGAGGAUGAAAAGCAAGAAGGCAUGACUGUGCACAGUUCUGCUCACAGCAAUAACCUCAACUCUAUGCCAGCUGCUGAAAAGGGUAAAGACUCAUUAAAAUCAGCUUAUGAUGAUAAAGCAAAUGACCUAAAAGGAGCAGCUAUUCAUAUCUCAAAAGGAAUGCUCCGUGAAGAAAAGCCUGGAGAGCAGAUUUUGGAAGGUGGCUCAGAGAGUGAAUCUGCACAGAAAGCUGCAGGGAAUCAAAUGAAUGACAAAAAGAUUCAACAGGAAUCCUUGGGUAAUGCACCACUCAUGGGAGAUAACCACCCUAACGCAUCCAGAGACAGUGUGGAGGGAAACGCUUUGGUUAAUGGGGCCAAACCGCACACGCUUUCACUGGAGCAUCAACGUGAGGAAUUGAAAGAGGAAUUAGUUCUUAAAACUCAAAAUCAACCUAGAUUCUCCUCUCCAGAUGAGAUUGAUUUGCCCAGAGAACUGAAAGAUGAGGUUCCCAUUCUGGGAGGAAAUCUUUCCUGGCAACAAGAAAGAGAUGUGGCUGCCACAGUCAAUAAGCAAAUGAGUGAGAAGAUAAGGCUGUCUGAGGGAGAAGCCGAAGAGGACUCCUUGGAUGAAGAGUUUUUUCAUCACAAGGCAAUGCAGGGCACACAGAGAGUAGGACAGACAGACCAAACUGACAGCACAGGAGGACCAGCUUUCCUUUCUGAAGCAGAAGAGGACGAUUAUCCCUCUGAAGAACUACUAGAGGAUGAAAACGCUGUAAGUGCAAAACGGUCUAAAGAAGAAAACCCUGGGAAUCAGGGCAGGCAGUUUGAUGUUAAUCUGCAAGUCCCUGACAGAGCGGUUUUAGGGACCAUUCAUCCAGAUCCAGAAAUUGAAGAAAGCAAGCAAGAAACUAGCAUGAUUUUAGAUAGUGACAAAAAAAGUGACACUGCUGCCAAAGGGGUCAACACAGGAGGCAGGGAACCAAAUACAGUGGUGGGAAAAGAACGCCCUCUGGCAGAUGAGAAAGCACAGAGGCAAUCUGAAGGAAGUGACUUUUCUGACAGCAUAAAAACUCAGACUCCAGAAUUAGGUGAAAUGUUUCAGAAUAAAGAUUCUGAUUAUCUGAAGAACAACAACCCUGAGGAACAUCUGAAGACCUCAGGGCUUGCAGGGAAGCUUGAGGGAGAACUCUCAAAAGAGGACCAUGAGAACACAGAGAAAUACGUGGGCACAGAAAGCCAGGGUUCUGCUGCUACACACCCUGAAUAUGACUCGUUCCUCUGGACUCCACAUAGAAGUGUAGAGCCAGAGUAUAGUUACAAGAGGGAGGACUUGCUUAUCAUAAGCAGCUUCUUUAAAGAGCAACAGUCUUUGCAGCGGUUCCAGAAGUACCUUAAUGUCUAUGAGAUGGAAGCCUUGCUACAAGAAAUGUCAUCAAAACUGAAGUCAGCACAGCAGGAGAGCCUGCCCUAUAAUAUGGAAAAAGUCCUAGAUAAGGUCUUCCGUGCUUCUGAGUCACAAAUUCUGAGCAUAGCAGAAAAAAUGCUUGAUGAUUAUGUGAACGAAAAUAGAGAUCUGGGAAUGCAGGUCAUAUUUGAAGAGGCUGCAGUGCUUGAUGACAUUCAAGACCUCAUCUAUUUUGUCAGGUACAAGCACUCCACAGCAGAGGAGACAGCCACACUGGUGAUGGCACCAUCUCUAGAGGAAGGCUUGGGUGGAGCAAUGGAAGAGAUGCAACCACUGCAUGAAGAUAAUUUCUCACAAGAGAACACAGCAGAACUUAACGUGCAGGUUUCUGAAGACCCCACCCAUUUGGGCCAGCAUGUGAUUGGGGACACUCAUGCCUCGGAAGUUUCAACGAAGCCAAAUGCUGAGAAAGACUUGGACCAGCAUGUGAUCCGGGACACUCAUGCCUCGGAAGUGUCACCGAAGCCAAAUGCUGAGAAAGACUUGGACUGGCGUGUGAUCGGGGACACUCAUGCCUCGGAAGUGUCACCAAAGCCAAAUACUGAGAAAGACUUGGACCCAGGGCCAAUUACAGGAGAAGACACUCCUAUGGAUGCUAUUGAUGCAAACAAGCAACUAGAGACAGCUGCCGAAGAGCCAGCAAGUGUCACAGCUUUGGAAAAUGCAAUCCUUCUAAUGUAUUCAUUCAUAUUUUAUUUAACUAAGUUGCUAGUUGCUACAUUGCCUGAUGAUGUUCAGCCUGGGCCUGAUUUUUAUGGAUUGCCAUGGAAACCUGUGCUUAUCACUGCCUUCUUGGGAAUUGUUUCGUUUGCCGUUUUCUUCUGGAGAACUGUCCUUGUUGUGAAGAGUAGAGUAUAUCAAGUCACGGAACAGCAAAUUUCUGAGAAGUUGAAGAUUAUCAUGAAAGAAAAUACAGAACUUGUACAAAAAUUGUCAAAUUAUGAACAGAAGAUCAAGGAAUCAAAGAAACAUGUUCAGGAAACCAGGAAACAAAAUAUGAUUCUCUCUGAUGAAGCAAUUAAAUUUAAGGAUAAAAUCAAGACACUUGAAAAAAAUAAUGAAAUUCUGGGUGACGCAGCUAAAAAUCUUCGUGUUAUGUUAGAGUCAGAGAGAGAACAGAAUGUCAAGAAUCAGGACUUGAUAUCAGAAAACAAGAAAUCUAUAGAGAAGUUAAAGGAUGCUAUUUCAAUGAAUGCCUCAGAAUUUUCAGAGGUUCAGAUUGCACUUAAUGAAGCUAAGCUUAGUGAAGAGAAGGUGAAGUCUGAAUGCCAUCGGGUUCAAGAAGAAAAUGCUAGGCUUAAGAAGAAAAAAGAGCAGUUGCAGCAGGAAAUCGAAGACUGGAGUAAAUUACAUGCUGAGCUCAGUGAGCAAAUCAAAUCAUUUGAGAAGUCUCAGAAAGAUUUGGAAGUAGCUCUUACUCACAAGGAUGAUAAUAUUAAUGCUUUGACUAAUUGCAUUACACAGUUGAAUCGGUUAGAGUGUGAAUCUGAAUCUGAGGGUGAAAAUAAAGGUGGAAAUGAUUCAGAUGAAUUAGCAAAUGGAGAAGUGGGAGGUGACCAGAAUGAGAAGAUGAAAAAUCAGAUUAAGCAGAUGAUGGAUGUCUCUCGGACACAGACUGCAAUAUCGGUAGUUGAAGAGGAUCUAAAACUUUUAAAACUUAAACUAAGAGGCUCCGUGUCCACUAAAUGUAACCUGGAAGACCAGAUAAAGAAAUUGGAAGAUGACCGCAACUCACUACAAGCUGCCAAAGCUGGACUGGAAGAUGAAUGCAAAACCCUGAGGCAGAAAGUGGAGAUUCUGAAUGAACUCUAUCAGCAGAAGGAGAUGGCUUUGCAAAAGAAACUGAGUCAAGAAGAGUAUGAACGACAAGAAAGAGAGCACAGGCUGUCAGCUGCAGAUGAAAAGGCAGUUUCGGCUGCAGAGGAAGUAAAAACUUACAAGCGGAGAAUUGAAGAAAUGGAGGAUGAAUUACAGAAGACAGAGCGGUCAUUUAAAAACCAGAUCGCUACCCAUGAGAAGAAAGCUCAUGAAAACUGGCUGAAAGCUCGUGCUGCAGAAAGAGCUAUAGCUGAAGAGAAAAGGGAAGCUGCCAACUUGAGACACAAAUUAUUAGAAUUAACACAAAAGAUGGCAAUGCUGCAAGAAGAACCUGUGAUUGUAAAACCAAUGCCAGGAAGACCAAAUACACAAAACCCUCCACGGAGAGGUCCUCUGAGCCAGAAUGGCUCUUUUGGCCCAUCCCCUGUGAGUGGUGGAGAAUGCUCCCCUCCAUUGACAGUGGAGCCACCCGUGAGACCUCUCUCUGCUACGCUCAGUCGAAGAGAUAUGCCUAGAAGUGAAUUUGGAUCAGUGGACGGGCCUCUACCUCAUCCUCGAUGGUCAGCUGAGGCAUCUGGGAAACCCUCUCCUUCUGAUCCAGGAUCUGGUACAGCUGCCAUGAUGAACAGCAGCUCAGGAGGCUCUUCCCCUAACAGGGUAAUCGAUGAAGGCAAGCAAACUGUUCUGCAAGAGCCUGAAGUCCCCUCAGUUCCCAGCAUUACAUCUUUGGCUGAGCAUCCAGUAGCAGUUAAUAUGGCUCCAAAAGGGCCCCCUCCUUUCUCAGGAGUCCCUCUCAUGAGCACCCCUAUGGGAGGCCCUAUACCACCACCCAUUCGAUAUGGACCACCACCUCAGCUCUGCGGACCUUUCGGGCCUCGGCCACUUCCUCCACCCUUUGGCCCUGGUAUGCGUCCACCACUAGGCUUAAGAGAAUUUGCACCAGGCGUUCCACCAGGAAAACGGGACCUGCCUCUCCACCCUCGGGAAUUUUUACCUGGACACACACCAUUUAGACCUUUAGGUCCACUUGGCCCAAGAGAGUACUUUAUUCCUGGUGCCCGAUUACCACCCCCAACCCAUGGUCCCCAGGAUUACCCACCACCACCUGCUGCAAGAGACUUACCGCCAUCAGGCUCUAGAGAUGAUCCUCCUCCUGCCUCUCAGAGCACUAGCCAGGACUGUUCACAGGCUUUAAAACAGAGCCCAUAACUAUGAUCUCUGACGUUUCGUUGGAGAGAAAGUGUACUGUGCAUUAUUCAUUACAGUAAAAGAUUUCAUUGGCUUCAAAAUCCCAAAGUUUAUUUUAAAAGGUUUGUUGUUAGAACUACGCUGCCUUGGCAGUGUGCAUUUUUGAGCCAAACAAUUCAGAAAUGUCAUUUCUUCCCUAAAUAAGACACCUUUUAAGCUAGAGCGUCCUUACAACUUUGAAAUGUGCAAUAAAGAAUACCUGUGUUUUAGCUAAUGUAGCAUAUGUAAUUGCUAAAUGAUUUAGAAUGUCAUGAAAAAUAUGAACAUUUCCUGUGGAAAUGCUUUAAGAACAUGUAUUUCCAUUAUCCUAUUUUUAGUGUACACCAGCUGAAUAUGGAGCAAUGGUGUUUAUAAGCGUUUUUUUUUUUAAACUAUCUGGUCACAAAGACUGUUACGCUAAAAAUGUUUACUAAAGGAUCACUAAACUUCAUCUCCCCUCUUGCUGAAGUUCUUUGUAGUAACAGCUCAUAAAAAUUUGUUAUUAAUAUUUCCCAAGUGUCUGUUGAUUCAUUGGACUGUUAAUGAGGCUUGUGCGAUUUGGGGAACAUGUACACUCAGGCUCCCAGAACUGAUGAUGGUGGCUGGUGGCACACUUCCGGCUGCUACCCCGUCACCUGUGAACUCUACAAGUGAUGUCUUUUUAUUUCAAAGAAGUUUAUUUCCCACUUGUAUAGCAUUCACAUGCUUUCUUUACGAUCCUCAUUGUCUAUUUUAGAAUGGUUUUCUGAGAGUGAGUUUACAUUAGUAGCAAGAGUUGUUUGACCUGAUGUUCUAUUGCUUUUACCAUUCCUGUAGAAAAAAGGUACACAACAGAAAAAUGAAAAUGAUGUGUCAUGGCCAUAAAAGUACAGAAAUCUUUAAAAAUUUUAAAAAUGUACAGUCUCGUCUUUCCCAUUCCUUGCCACUGAUUUUUGAGGAAUAUAAUAAAAAGAUUGGAAGAGUAUAAUGCCAUGAGAAAGAAUGAUUUAGGACUAUGAGGCUUACAACAUGCCCUAGGUCAGCAAUCAAGGGUUGAAAUCAGUUUUUUUUUUAGGGAGGAAGAGGGGGGCGACAGGUGUUAUUCCAAAAUUAAUAUUUAAACAUUGGUGCUUUUAUUUAAAAAUCAGUAACUAACCAUCUGGAAUUGCAGCAUACUUAGUCUUAUCCAUUACUACACUGUGCCUUUAAAACAAUGUUUCUUUAAAUACUCUACAGCAUUUCUAAGAACUAACUUCAGACAUUUUAAUUACAGUAAUAAUAGCACUCCUUUUAAGGAGUUUAAGAUCUAGACUAAAACUAAAAUCAUAAAAGGCUGAUACUUUUGUUUGCUGCUAGGUUAUAUUCUUCCAUUCAUUGAAGUCCUAUGAUGUAAUAUUUUUGAAACCUAGUGUAUGUCUUGUCACUGUUGUGAUAUUUAAAUUGAUUAAGAAUAUCUUGUAAAAAGGAGUAAAAGCUUCAAUGUGGAACAAUUUUCUCUUUAUACUAAACAACUGAAGAUAGAUAGUUUAGAAAGAUAAGGACUUUGAAAGAAGGCAACUCUGUCAAAGUUCGUAAGGAAUAUAUAAAUUCUUCAGGAAAAGAGAAUUCAAUCUAUAUGUCCUCCCAUUUAAUAUCAAGAAUAGAAGAAAUUAAGAGGAAAACUCCACAGAAGAGCAUAGGCCACUUUUAGCCAUGUAAAAUAAGAUUAAGUCACAAAUACAAUUUUUGAAUUUACCUGUCAGUCUCUUUAGGACACAAAACAAUGCUGAAAUUAAUAUAAUUUCUAAUUUUAAAUGUCAUUUAAGUGUAGAUUAUGCCAUCUAGGAAGGUAAGUAGAAAAGGUAAAUUAAAUCUAUUUUUAAAAUUCAAAAUUAGAGUAUUUUUCCCCUCUAAAGCCUUUUUUGGUGAUUAUUCUGUAUCUGACAUAAUUGAGAAACUGGCAAGCUGUGGAGAUUCCAGUGUAGCUUCUCUGAGAAGUUGUUAGCCAGUCCAUAACUGCUUCCUCUCAUCCAUCUGAGUGCACCAUUUCUGCAGCAAACCCCAAAGCAGGGCGCCAAAACGCAGAUGGCAUAGGGAGUAUCAUCCCUCAGUCAAAUCACUUUUCCAUCUCUAAAGUUUCAUCUAUUUCGGAAGUCAUCUCCAACUAAUUGUGUCUGGAUUUAGUUGCUAAAAUUGUCUUAUUUAUGAAGCAGCAAUAUUCAGCCUGAAGGCAUUUCUGCUAUAGUUGUAGUGACAUCGUCAAUGGCUGAUUUUUUUUCAUUGGAAAGUAAGUAAUUUGUGGGAUGUAGUAUAUUCUGUGUCAACUGCAAGACAAUCACUCAUUUUCUCAUUAUAUUCAAGUCCGAAUUAAAGUUAAGCUAAUCACACA